AGUCGUCGGGGUCGCUAAACUUCACCUGCUGCUUCAAGUCUGCAACUUUCGACCCCCCAAAACUAGCCACAAUGAGAAAGCUCUUCAUUAUUUUCAUCGCUUUAAUCUCAAUCCAGAUAACCCUUACCAACUCAUUCUCUCCCGAUAACCCCACGGAUCGGCGCAUUUUAGUCUUGGUCGACGAGUUGGCCCUCAAGUCUUCGCACUCGGUUUUCUUCGACUCUCUCCAAUCUCGCGGUUUUGCGAUCGAUUUCAAGCUCGCAGACGAUCCAACGAUAUCUCUACAAAGAUAUGGCCAGUACUUGUAUGAUGGAUUGAUUUUGUUUUCUCCCACAACUGAGCGAUUCGGAGGGUCUUUGGAUUUGGCGGGUGUGUUGGAAUUUGUUGACUCGGGUCAUGACUUGAUAGUGGCGGCUGAUGCUACUGCGUCCGAUUUGAUCCGGAACACUGCCGCUGAGUGCGGUGUUGAUUUUGAUGAGGAUCCCUCUGCUAUGGUUAUUGAUCACUCUAGCUAUGCCAUAUCUGAAUCAGAGGGUGACCAUACAUUGAUUGCUUCUGAUGAUUUUAUUCAAUCCGAUGUUAUUUUGGGUGGUACAAAGAUUGAGGCCCCUGUACUUUUCAGAGGGAUUGGGCAUUCAUUGAAUGCCGCAAACAGUUUGGUUCUGAAGGUUCUUUCAGCUUCUCCUUCAGCAUAUUCUGCUAAUACGAAGUCUAAGUUGUCAAAUCCACCUUCCCUGUUGGGAUCUGCUAUCUCAUUGGUUUCAGUUGUGCAGGCCAGAAACAAUGCACGGAUUAUGAUCACUGGCUCUUUAAGCAUGUUCAGUAAUAGAUUGUUGAAAGCAGGUGUGCAGAAGGCUGGGAGCUCAGAUAAAUAUGGGAAAUCGGGUAACGAACAGUUUGUGACUGAACUUAGCAAAUGGGUCUUCCAUGAACGAGGGCAUCUAAAGGCUGUCAAUGUUGGACACCACAAAGUUGGUGAAACAGAUGAACCUGCAAUGUAUCGGAUCAAUGAUGACUUGGAAUACUCUGUUGAGAUGUAUGAGUGGUCUGGAAAAAGUUGGGAACCAUAUGUUGCCAAUGAUGUUCAAGUGCAGUUCUUUUUGAUGAGCCCCUAUGUGUUGAAAACCUUGUCAACUGAUCAGAAGGGUCUUUAUUAUACAUCAUUUAAGGUGCCCGAUGUUUAUGGGGUUUUCCAGUUCAAGGUUGAGUAUCAGAAACUUGGAUAUACUGGCUUAUCACUUUCGAAACAGAUUCCUGUUCGGCCUUUCAGACACAACGAAUAUGAAAGAUUUAUAACAACAGCUUUUCCCUAUUACGGAGCUUCCUUUUCUACGAUGGCUGGAUUCUUUAUCUUCAGCAUUUUAUACCUCUACCACAAGUAAAACCCUUUAUUUGGAUGGAACAUUGUGUCGAGAGACAAGUCUAACAUCCUUAUGUUCCUUUUGUCUUCUUUUCCUUUUUCUUUUUGCUAAGAAAAUUUGAGGGAUUUUCCACCUUUUCCUCCCACCUUAAAAGAUGUUUUUUAGAAUGCUUGUAGUCAGAAUAAUUUGAUUGUCUCAAUUCUCUCCCAACAUCUAAUUCGUAAC